AUGCAGAUCAAGAACGUUCUCGCUGUCCUGGCUUUCGGCCUUCCCUUGGCCUUUGCUUCUCCUAUCCCUGAGGGAGAAGCGGAGGCUAUUCCUUACUAUCCCAAGCGUGACGAGGCAAUUCCAUACUACCCCAAGCGCAGCGAGGAGGGUGAAGCCAUUCCCUACUACCCGAAGCGCAGCGAGGAGGGUAAGGCCAUUCCUUAUUACAUGAAGCGCAGCGAGGAGGGUGAAGCCAUUCCUUACUACCCCAAGCGCAGCGAGGAGAGUGAAGCCAUUCCCUACUACCCGAAGCGCAGUGAGGAGGCCCUCAGCAACAACUGCCGCUACGACUCCUUCGCGGCCGCCUGGCUCCCACCACACUGCCGCAACGACGCGCUCAUCGACGCCUUCGAGCGCGCGGGCCCAAACCCCGACGGCAGCUGGACCUACUACGCGGACCGCAACAAGACGCAGCGCCUGUCGCUGGAGCAGGUCUCGCGGCUACCCGAGACGGGUGGGAGCCACUUCUUCGCCACGCAUGGCUGGCAUUUAGUGCACUGUGCUUAUUAUUGGAAGAAGAUGUUCCUCGCGCCGACGGAGGGGACGGUCAUCGAGAAGCGGUAUGAUAAUCUGGCGCACUUGGAGCACUGCGAGAUGAUGUUUCUGAAGAGGGAUGAUUUGGAUACGAUUGUUACUGAGGCGGGGGUGAGUUUGCAUUCGGAUGUGGCGGUUGUGGUUAAAGGGGCUGGUCAUGAGCAUGGCCAUAUAGCCUUUAUGCUACUGGAAUAA